UAACCCAGCCGGGUGAUUCCACCAUUUGCCCCGUCAGACUUGAAAGUUGAAACCCCCAUUUGUUCGAUUUUGAGGGUUUAUCAGUACGGACGCGAAGCUUGGGGGGUUCUGUUCAGAGUCCCAUCUCCGCUGAGUUCUCAGCAGACUGCAUGCGCUUCAAAUUGUCAUAAGAACAAAGAAGGCUUUUAGUUGUAUACAAUGCUACAACUACUUGGUUAAAGCAGAUAGCUUGUUUUAACCAUCUUUAGUCCAUGAAUCAUUGUUUUCACUGAUCUACAAAAGCAAUGAAGUUUAUCGUGCUUGCUAGAUCCAUUCGUGUCCGUCCUAGUCUACCAGAAAUAACAGGGCCUUUGCAGUUUCGUUGCUUCCAGCCCGAUUUUGUUCCAAGAGAUCCCAAGGCCAACCCGAAACGGUACAAAUACCCGCCAGUCUAUGACCCAUAUGGCCCUAGGCCCCCACCCUCUGAGAAAAUCAUUAAUCUUGCUGAACGAAUAGCGACACUAACCCCUGAGGACCGCAGACAAAUUGGUCCGACUCUCAGAGACAGGCUAAGGCUUCCAAAGCUGCAGCCAGUUUCUGUGGAAGGUGUGGACUUGGGUCCUCAGGGAGGAGGGGCUGCUGGGUCUGCCAAGGGUGAGGAGAAGAAGGCAGAGAAGACGGCGUUUGAUGUGAAGUUGGAGAAGUUUGAUGCAGCUGCCAAAAUCAAGGUGAUCAAAGAAGUCAGGGCUUUUACUACUCUGGGAUUGAAGGAGGCUAAAGAUUUGGUUGAGAAGGCUCCUGUUUUGCUUAAACAAGGGGUCACCAAGGAGGAGGCAAAUGAGAUAAUAGAGAAAAUAAAGGCUGCUGGAGGAGUUGCGAGUAUGGAAUAGAAUUCCCGGGUAUUUUGAUUUUUGAUUUUGCUCUUACGGGAUUUAUGACAUUUUGGGAAGUUCCCAUUAUUCAAACAUAUGAAUUUUGUAACGUGGAUGGAUAGUCAUCAGAAGAGAUAUCGAAGAAUAAUUUAGAGUUGAACUUA